CUAGCUGAAUAGUGCUUUCUUCUUGUGUUUAUCUUUUAUAGCUUUAGAUUAGACUCGCCUGUAAUUAUUUUAUAUUGACAUAUGAUUUCCCAACUAUAGUAUUCCGCACUUAGACAUUCACGAUACCGAGGGGGACACCAAGGUCAAGUUGUAAAGAAAUUACUAGAAAUCACGAAUGACUGAUGGCGCCAACUGGGGGGCAACGAUCAGGAACGGAGACCGGGACGAGAUCAAAUAUAAACUCGAAUGUGUCGUCGGACAGACAAGUUGCAGCAUCAAAUUCUACUCUAAAUGCCUGGGUCGGUCGUCGACAACCUUCAUGGCUUACCAACGCAAAACCCGUGAAGCCUUCUCCCCGUCCUCCACAACCGCCUAAGCAACCUAUUACCACGGAGACUGUGCGCCCCAUUGUCGAGACAACCCAGCCCGUCUCAGUCCCAAUCUCUGAUAUCCCGGUGACGACGACUACUCCUACCCCACUUCGACAACCUCGUCGUCCUCAACCUCCGCCUGAACCUCCGCUAUUACAAACACAAACACAAAUACAACAACCGCAAACAUCAACUUCGGCUACGCGUACCGUACUUCCGUCGCCUGCCCCUAGUGACGAGCCUAGUCCAGGCGCCACCAAACCUCCAAGUGUGCCUGCAGUAGCCGGACCUCAACUCAUCCUUAAUACCACUUUGGAUGACGAGCAACAAGCUCGAACCCGGGUCCCUACACCCCGUCUACAGACAAUAUUGCAACAAAACAGAGAGAUAUCAGUGUCCCCGAGGGCAUCCACCCCUGCUAGCAUGUCCCUCAAUACGCCUCCUACACCGAAUUUGUCAUUACCCAAUAGUAACUUGGUACUCUUAGAGGACCCACCUGCUAAGAGGCAGCGUCUUGGCCACCCUACGCUCCAGUUCCUCGCCGAGUGUGGAGCAGUUAGAGUGCUCAACAACCGUCUUCAAUCUAUAGGGGGGGUACAGAGUCUAGACCCGGCAGUUGAGCGGCCCCGAUAUCAACUCUUACUAGACUCUUCUGAAUCGGGUGACCUCUUCUUCAUCGUAUUGCACCAGGUCUUUUGUAUCUGGUCUAGAAACCGAGCGCAAGCUCGUGAUAUUUGCAAGAAUUAUGCGCGCGACCCAGGAGAGAUGGACAAGGGGUUCAGCAACCUGGAAAUGAUUAUUAAGAGCAACACCAAACUAAAUCCAGACCACAUCAAUUUCUUAGCUGAGUUUCCAGCUCCGCUAGAUGAAUUACUGAUCAAGGCUAGGUAUAAGGCCACUCUGGGGCGAGUACUUAAUUUCCUCCACCGAAUGGCUCUUAAUUGGCACAGAGUAUUCAAAGAUCACCGAGCAAAGGGCUACCCUUUUCUCCUGGGCGAGCUCCUUGAUGAAUUUCUACUAUACUCCCCCAUACUCCAGGGAAUAAUGUUUCGCGCCUCGAGGAGGAGCAUAGGGGCCGGAGAUGGACCUACUGCAAAGCGUAUGGAGAUGAUAUUCAAGUCAGACCAGGACUAUCAUCUUAAUUAUCCUAACGACUUCGCUAUAAAGCCCCAACCCCUAAGGUACCAAGCGCACAACGAAAGUCUCAUCACCGCGUAUAUGUCUAUCCUUGUUUCCGCGUACCAGUCACAGGGCUAUCUAGUGGGCCAACAAUCCCAUCCGACUGGACCGCCUAAUAUCCAGCAAUCAAACCAAUACCCUUACCCGAAUAUUCAGAUGGGUUCUCAGACCAAUUCCCAAUUCAUUUCCCACGCGAAUCCUCAGAUGGGUGGCCAGAUAAACCCUCAGUUUGACCCUCAGGCGAACUACAUGGCGAAUCCCCAGAUCAGUCUUCAGAUGAACACUCAACUCAACCGACAAGUAGAUCCCCGGGUGAAUUCCCAGGUGGGUUAUCAGAUGAAUCCUCAAAUGCGGCAGAAUUUCUAUCAGGGUCCCCUACGAGCACCUCAGGUUACCGAUCCUGCUCUUAUUCAAGGUACGAUGCCGGUUGCGAUACCGCCUUCGUACAUACUAUCUUCAAACGCCAAUCCAGCCAAUAGUUUAACAGCGACAACACCGUUACAGCCAAAUCCUGAUUAUCAGAGGAUAUGUACACCCAUACAGUCUGUUCAAUUUAGUCACAUACAGCAUCAAACAGUGAGGAGACUCUCUCAACCGGAUUCUUAUAUGGCGCCGGCAUCUCCACGACCUACUACUCCUGCUUUGACAGGUGCGUACGGCGGUCAACCUCGUCAGGUUCAUGUCGCUAGACAACGAACACAGAGCCUACAUAGACUCAACAGUCAGUCCGGGCUCUUUCUUCCUAGUCACCUAAAUUCUGGAUCCCAAAAUCCAGACUGCGGCAAUUACAAUUCCGCACCAAAUACACCGACGACUCCGCAGCUAAGGUAUUCCACGAAUCAGCUUCAAGGAAAUCAACUCCAGGGGCCUAAUUAUAGUCAAUCACUUUCGGAUCCCCGGUUGCAACACAAAACACCAUUCGUCGAUUAUGACCGUAGCCUUGACCGUCUAAUUCCGGCGCCCGGUGUGACCAUCGAUCGGCGAGACUAUCCUUAUAAUCAGUAUGACAGGAAUUCUGUUGCGAUGUCUCUUCAUCAGGUUCAUCUGAGAAGCCCGAAGCGAAUGCCACAAGAACAUGACCCGGCAAAGUUAGGAAGGUAUUAUCAAGCAGUCAAAGAGUUCGCGCUCCCCCCAGUCGCGAUCCCGCCUCAGUCAUAUCUGCAUGAGUUCGAUUUUGACAUCCCGGGGCAUCAGUUUAUUCAGCUGGUAAGGGAAGAGGCUAAACAAGGCGAAUACUUGCCUGUAUGUUUAUUCUCCAGUGGAUCUCUACGUCUCCGCGUUCGAUGCUGUCACAUGAAGAAGACGCAUACCUCUCUCGGCGACGCUUGGAUUACUACCGAAACAACUUGGCCGCAACACAUUUUUAUGGAACUGAACAAUAAGACACUCAGUAUCCCUCGGAAGUCGCAUUUUUCUAAGGAUUUACCGAUUGAGGCUUCCUCGGCCGCUAUCGCAAACAAGAACAUACUCAAAGUCUCUGUUCCAAAGACUGGUGAAGACAAAGAAGAACCCAGACCCAAACCCGGUUGGGAAUUUUAUAUUGCAAUCGAGCUCAUUGAAAUUCUCAGUCACCGUGAUGUGCUUCAGAUGGUUGGAAUGUCUGGAGGAGUACCAGCAGAUACGACACGAGAGGUGAUCAGGACCCGCCUUGUGGGAGCAAAUGGGUCCUCCCAAAAAUUUGCGGACGAAGAUGAACUUGUGAUGCUGAACGAAUUAUCUAUCGAUCUCAUAGAUCCUUUCUCCAGGGUCAUGAUCAAAGUUCCCGUUCGUGGGAAGUCAUGCACGCACCUCGAGUGCUUUGAUCUCGAAACCUGGUUAAAUUCUCGGUUGGGUAAGAAAUCGUGCAACUGGUGUAACAACGCUCCCGGGGGCUGUUCGAAAUGUCCCAACGAACCGUCUUUCGUGGACAAAUGGAAGUGUCCACUUUGCCUCGCUGAUGCGCGACCCUACAACCUCGUCAUCGAUGAGUUUCUUGUCGAAGUACGCUCGCAGCUGGAGCAUCUGAAUCUAUUACAGACGAAGUCAAUCCUUGUUUCCCCAGAUGGGACGUGGAAACCGAAGGAGCAACCAGCGGACGACGAUGGAGACGUUGAUAGUGAGGACGAUGGUAACGUAUCAACCGGAAGACUAUCCAGAACACACCAGCGCAUGGAAUCUGGAAUUGAGGUUAUCGAAAUUGAUUGAUUCAAGUCCCAUACAGAGGAAAUUAGAGGAUAUCGAGAAGAGGGUGCGUUCCCAGCAAUAGAUCGUCAGCUUUAGAUCCAGCCCGGGCA